UAUCCAGUCGUGUUCAGCGUGUUGUGCUUAUUACGUGUCGCUCGUUCCAAAGUGGAACUGCCAACUCUGUGCAGCACGUUAGCUUCGGUGGCUAGUUGGCGUUAGCUAGUUUGAUACGGCUUACGCGUCAGCGGAGUGGUUUAAGGAUUUAUAUUGAGGCAUUUAGGGAGCGAUAUACGGCUCUUGACUUCGCCUUCAAGCAGUCGAUGUGGUACAGUUUUGAGGGGAGUCUCCCUCGCAUCGACCAUGGGGGCUGUGAUCUCUCGGUGGAGGGCCAAGCCGUCCACUGUUGACCUGCUGGAAGGAAUCGAGAAGGACAUCCAGGCUCUGGAGGAAUACAGUGAAAAGAAUCAACGGCAGCUGAAAAUAUGGCUGGGCCGACUCCUGCUGUACUCCUCGCUCCUCUACCUGUUCACCUGUGUGGUGGUUUAUUUCUGGUACCUGCCCGAGCAGUUAAUGGGCCGACUCAUUCUUUGUCUUCCGUUGCUGGUCUUUCCACUGCUAGUGUGGUUGUUGCGCAAAGCCCUGAUCAUCAUUUUCUCUCGGAGAACUGAGAAGAACAAUGACAAACUGGAAGAUCUCAAGGCACAGAAAAGGAAAAUACUUGAGGAAGUAAUGGAGACAGAAACGUAUAAAAACGCCAAGAUGAUUCUGGAAAGAUUUGACCCUGACUCAAAGAAAAAAAUGGAGCUGGAGUCUACUCCUCUCGGUCCUCAGUCCUCCCCCAGACCUGGGCAAGAGCUCCGUCAGCGGAAUGUCACCCCAAAAGCCCCCCUGGUGGCGGUGCAUCCGGCAGGCGGUAGCGCGGCCCGUCCUCCGCUGGCCGCCGGGCCAAACUACCCCGGACGAUCUUCCCACUCUGCUCCUGGUGGACCCCCAGAGAGAAGCCUGUCUGCUCUGGCUGCUCAGCAGAGCUUGAUGAGGAAGCCUGUGCCCCCUGGAACACCUGUUCCUGCAGUCGGGAUGCACCCUCCCGGUCCUCCUCUGGCCAGGCCCGUGCUCCCCAGGGAGAGAGGCGCCAUGGACAAAGUCAUCGAGUAUCUGGUUGGAGAUGGUCCUUCAAACAGAUUCGCUCUGAUUUGUCAGCAGUGUCUGUCCCACAAUGGCAUGGCGUUAAAAGAGGAAUUUGAAUUCAUUGCCUUUCGCUGUGCGUACUGCUACUUCCUGAACCCCGCCAGGAAGAUCAGACCUCAAGCGCCCCGACUGCCGGAGGUGAGCGCUGAGCUGAAGGUGCCCACGUCUGACGGGCCGCCCGUGUCUUCUGGCUCUGAGGCGGAGGCUGACUGCUCCAUCAUAGAGAACAGAAAGACGGCCGACGUGUCGGCCGUCGCUGGCCCCCAGGAACCCGAGACUCCGACAACUGAACAGCACUCCGACAGCCAAAACACUCCAGAGUCUCAGGAACCGUCCUCGGAGAAGCUGGACGGCGAGCAGGAUCUGUCCGCCAUGGAGGUGGAGUAGCGGCAUCAUCAUGUCAGGAACUAUCUCAAGCCGUCGCCGUGAGUUGAAGCAGCCCUCAGCUUGCAGAGUCGCUUUUAUAGGAUCGGCUGUAGCCAAGAGUCGUAAGGUCACAAGGUCGUUGUUCUCUUCUUCUCUGUGCUAUAUUUUGGGGGCGCUGCUGCAGGAACAGACAAAACCUUGUAUUUAUUGAAGAUUAUUUAUGCAUAUCUGAGACGGCGGCGCCACAUGUUUACACAGCCAUAGUAGCAAAAGACAAACAGUAUUUAUUGGCUCAAAGCAGAGGUCUGUCGGUACUGAGCUCCCGCCUGAAGUGCCUUUUUAUAUUUGAAAUCUCUGAGUUUACACAACUGUUUUACAUGUGGACGAGUCUUAAGCGUGUCAGUGCAUCUUCUGUGUAAAUAUCUAAUAAACUUGGAAGAAUACUGGCGCACGUUUGCUUUGUUCACCACAUCAAGGAAGUGAAGUUACAA